UCCGGGCGAGAAGCGGGAUCCUAGCGGAGGUGGAGGAGAUGGCGUCGCAGCCGCCGCCUCCCCCGAAACCCUGGGAGACCCGCCGAAUUCCGGGCACCGGGCCCGGACCAGGACCCGGCCCCACUUUCCAAUCUGCUGAUUUAGGUCCUAAUUUAUUGACAAGAUCUGGACAACCAACACUUACCAGAGUGCCCCCACCUAUUCUUCCAAGGCCAUCACAGCAAACAGGAAGCAGCAGUGUGAACACUUUCAGACCUGCUUACAGUUCAUUAUCUUCUGGAUACGGUGCUUAUGGAAAUUCAUUUUAUGGAAGCUAUAGCCCUUACAGCUAUGGAUAUAAUGGGUUGGGCUAUAACCGCCUCCGUGUAGAUGAUCUUCCACCUAGUAGAUUUGUUCAACAAGCUGAAGAAAGCAGCAGAGGUGCAUUUCAGUCCAUUGAAAGUAUCGUGCAUGCAUUUGCCUCUGUCAGUAUGAUGAUGGAUGCUACCUUUUCAGCUGUCUAUAACAGUUUCAGGGCUGUACUGGAUGUAGCAAAUCACUUUUCCCGAUUAAAAAUACACUUUACAAAGGUUUUUUCAGCUUUUGCAUUAGUUAGGACUAUAAGGUAUCUUUACAGACGGAUCCAGAGGAUAAUGGGUUUAAGAAGAGGCUCUGAGAAUGAAGACCUGUGGGCAGAAAGUGAAGGAACUGUGGCUCACCUGGGUGCUGAGCACCAAGCAGCUAACUCAGCAAAAUCUUGGCCAAUUUUCUUGUUCUUUGCUGUUGUCCUUGGUGGUCCUUACCUCAUCUGGAAACUGCUGUCUACCUACAGUGAUGAAGUAACAGACAACAUCAACUGGGCAAGUGGUGAGGAUGACCAUGUAGUUGCUAGAGCAGAAUAUGAUUUUGCUGCUGUAUCUGAAGAAGAAAUUUCUUUCCGUGCUGGUGAUAUGCUAAACUUAGCUCUCAAAGAACAACAACCCAAAGUGCGUGGUUGGCUUCUGGCUAGUCUUGAUGGUCAAACAACAGGACUUAUACCUGCAAAUUAUGUCAAAAUUCUUGGUAAAAGAAGAGGUAGAAAAACAGUGGAAUCAAGUAAAAUUUCCAAGCAACAGCAGUCUUUUACCAACCCAACACUAAUUAAAGGAGCCACAGCUGCUGAUUCUUUGGAUGAACAGGAAGCUGCCUUUGAAUCUGUUUUUGUUGAAACUAAUAAGGUUCCAGUUGCACCUGACUCCACUGGGAACAGUGGAGAUAAACAAGGUCUUUGAUAUCUUUCAUGUUUGCCUUCAGUUGAACAAUACUUUAGAGUACUUUUAAAAAUUAUUUCUUACAAAGAAAUUAAUCCACAAUCCAAUCAAAACAUUUGUUAUUGGCUAUUCCAGCUGUUUUGCUGCUAGAAAUAUUAAAGUUAUACACUAGUAUGUUAGUCUAGUGACCUGGUUACAUAUUACAAGUUAUUGGACCAUGAGGACAUUUGUUUCAUCUAGAUUUUGAGAUUAUGGAGAUUGCUAUCAUUUUCAUCUUAUUUAAAUCCCUAGGUUUAUUGGAAGAGUAAGACUGAUAAACUAUAGAAAGAACAGUUUGCUACAGUAGGGAUCAUUUAUGCUUUUUGAAGUUCUAGAUUAAUUGACAUGGAAUCCUUAGAAAAUGAGUAGAUAACAUAUAAAUAUGAGAACAGGCAAAGUGGCUAAUUUUUUACAACCUUAACUAAAUUGAAUGAUAAACAUUUUCUGAUCUGUAUUAUUUCCAGUGUUGGGUUUGCUUUAGGCAAUAAUGUUUUCACCCACAUACAAUUGAUACUAUUAUCUUUUAUUGUGCUUUUUGAAAUUUAUCUUGAAAAGGUCACUAGACGCAUUCUGAAGGAAGAUUGGUCUAGAAUGAUAGAAUAUUUAGCCCUAAUAUUUUCCCUGUUAGUAAAAAGUCUGAAAUUUAUCUUUCUUACAAAUUUUUUCCAUUUCUUGUGAGGAUCAUAACUCUUUAUCCCUUUGCAAUAUGACUAGUUUUCAUCCUAGAUGAAUCACAAUAUAUGAAAGGUUUGCUUUCUUUUCUUCCAACCAAGACUUAAGUUCGUUGAGUUUGUAAAACGAUAUAAUCAGUUCUGACAGUAAUGAUUUUUAAUCUUUUCAUAGAUUCUCUGCUUCUGUCUAGUAUAAUUUUAAAAUUGCAUGUUCAGGGCCAGCCCAUGGCUCACUCAGGAGAGUGUGGUGCUGAUAACACCAAGGCCAUGGGUUCGGAUCCCAUAUAGGGAUGGCCGGUUAGCUCAUUGGGUGAGCGUGGUGCUAACAACACCAAGUCAAGGGUUAAGAUCCCCUUACCGGUCAUCUUUUAAAAAAAUUUUUUUUAAAUAAAAAUAAAAUUGCAUGUUCAGGAUGUUCUUUAAAGAUUGAAAAUGUGUCACAUUGUAUACACAUUUCAGUUCGGUUUCUAACUACUGAAACUAUAAAAUGCUCUACUUCCAUUUAGAAUAUGAUAACGCUAUUUGAGUUUUUGUUUAGUAAUGAUUUUAAAUGCAUUUAACUUUCUGUACACUGAAUAUUUCCCCACAAAAUUGGAAAAUUUGUAUACGUGCUGUGAUUGUACAACAGGUUAAUACUGUCAGGAAUACAGGUGUACAAGAAAACAUUUACAGAUAUUGUUAAAAGCUUUGAAUUAUUUAAUAAAGAUUGUGAUUUGGUAUUUUUACCUUUCUUUUUAUAGACUUUAUGUUCACCAAAUAACUAAUUCUAGAACAGUUCAGACUAAAACAUACAGGAACCAAAUGUAUACCCAGCCUAGAAGAACUUUAUUAAAGGCAUCUUGGGGAGCCCAUUUUUUAAAUGACGAUAUAAUAAGUAACAUAUCACUUAAAAUAGAAUCUUAAUCCUGUGCGGAAAAAAUAAAUACUUAGAGUAAAAUUUAUUUGUUAGGCGUAUUUUUCUAACACCCAGAUAUUAGCCUUCAAGUUGAGGAGAUAGUUUCUUGUAUGUAUUAUUUUCCAUUUGUGUUCUAAAAUUAAAAGUUCUGCUUUGAUUUGUUAAGAAUAAUUUAUGGGAAUUUUGUUCUUGAAACAAAUUUUUAAUAAAACAGAUUAUUAGAUUUGGUGUUAAGACAUCUUAAUUGAAUGCUAGAAGUAAAGUAAAAGUGAAAUGUUGAGUCAGCACUAUUUAGGUUAGAAAAAGUCUUUAGAGUUUGUGACUACUAUUAAAAAUGUAUAGGCAGAAGAGUAUAGUACAAAAUGAAUGACAGCAGUUUCACUUAGGGUGUUUAUUGUUGGGUCAAGUAUGCUAAAUUACAGUAUACAUAAUCUGAGUAGUAACUUUAUGUCUGAAAAUUCCCUAUCAAAGUCUAGAAAAUAAAUUUAGGACUAGAAUAAGCAGAUAAAUUUUAUAACCUUUUUUAUCAUAACAGUUAUAGCAUAAUUUUUUUAGAUGAAGUUAAGUAUAAGUUCAAGGUCCAAUAUUGUUAUUUUUAGGAACUUAUUUAAGGAGUGCUACUUAACAGGAAUUACUAACUGUGAAACCAAAAUAUUUUCAAUUAAAUAAGUCAUAAAACAAGGUUUUCAAAAUUUUUAGGAUUGUAUUUAAUCAGUUUAGAAAAGAAAAGGUAAAAGGACUAUAAAUUUUCAUAUUUUAACAUUUUAUCUAGGUACUUGAAUUUUAGUCUGUCAGUGUGUCGUAAUUAUACAUCUACUUUAAUACAGCUAUCCUUUACCUUGUGCUUUCUUUAAUGGAAA